CAAAAUUACGUUACAAUACGAAAGUAAACAUAACCUCUAAAAUAAAUUUGUGAUUAAUUAAAUUGCCUUGCUUGUUUUCUAUUUAAAAAUGUCGGAAAUUAUUGAAAAUACAGACAGUGUUAGUGAAUUAGAGAGCAAUGAAAGUAAACAUGAAAAAAAAGAAGAGUAUGCUUAUUUAGAAAAAGGUGGAUUUUCCUCGGAAAAGUUUAAAAUUGAGUUACGAGGUUUACCCAAGUUUUAUGGUAUAGUCGAGCUCAAGAAACUGAUGAAUGAGAAGCUUGGUCUUAACGCAAGUAAAAUAAAGAGGCCUAGGGUUUCCAGCAAUUGGUUAUUUGCCUGUUUCCAAAAUGAGGAAGAAAGAAAUAAAGCUAUAACUGCUUUAAAUGGAUAUUCCUGGAAAGGUAAAACACUUACAGCAGAAGAAGCAAAACCAGCACCAGAUCCAUUAGUGAGAAAGAGAAAGCAAGGGAACAGUAAUGAUGCACAAGAUAAGAAGAAGAAAGAAAUGGAGAACAAGAGUCAAGAAGAGAGAUUGAAGGAUGCCACAACACCUUAUUGGAACAUCCCUUAUGAGGAACAGCUCAAAAUAAAAGAGAAAGAAAUACGACAAUUGCUCAUGAAAUAUGAUAAUGAGAUGUGGAUUAAAAACUUCAAUAAACGAAGUGAGAUUGAGGCCAAGCGUAAACUCCACAACGGUUUGAGCUUUGACCUGUUGGGUAUAAAAGGUUCCCCAGUUACAGAAGGUUAUAGGAACAAGUGUGAAUUCACGGUGGGCUAUGAUGAGGAGAACCAGCUGACAGUCGGUUUCAGACUUGGAGCUUAUGCUACGGGCACAAUUUGUGUGGGACCCGUUGCUGAAUUGAAUCACAUAUCGGAUGCAAUGAAAGAAGCUGUUAUAUUGUUCCAAGACUUCGUACGGAAAUCAAAUCUGCCUCCAUUUUCUCCAGCAGACUACUCGGGCCACUGGAAAGGCCUGACAGUCAGACAUUCCUCCUUCUCCAAUGAGAUCAUGCUAAUAGUACUCAUGCAUCCACAGGAUUUAUCGCAAGAAGAACUGGACAAAAUAAAAAAGGAUUUGAUUGAUUUCUUCAGCACUGAAGAAGCAGUGACUUGUGGCAUCAAAUCAUUAUAUUUUGAACUUGUUACAAAAAGGAAAUCUGGCGAAGAACCAUCGAAAGCAGUGCAUUUGAUGGGCGCAACACACAUCGUGGAUUCCAUAUUAGGGCUCCAAUUCAGGGUGUCGCCAGAGGCAUUCUUUCAGGUAAACACGGCAGCAGCAAACAUCCUGUACCAGAGUGCGAUAGAGAUGAGCGAAGUGAAGAGCGAUUCCACGGUGGUGGACAUCUGCUGCGGUACUGGAACAAUAGGCCUGUCUUUUGCUAAGCACUGCAACAAAGUACUAGGUCUAGAAAUGGUCCCGGAGGCAGUGAAGGACGCCAAAGCUAACGCCGAGCUGAACGGCGUCACCAACUGUGAGUUCUUCACGGGCAAAGCUGAGGACAUACUGCCGUCCGUGCUGGCCAGGGCUGCCAGCGAUGUCGUCGCUAUAGUCGACCCGCCCAGGGCUGGACUCCAUAUGCGCGCGAUAACGCAACUCCGCAACGCGUACAGGGUCAAACGCCUCAUAUACAUAUCGUGCAGCCCGGCUUCGGCCGUGAAGAACUUCGUCGACCUCUCGCGGCAGUGCUCCAAGACGCUGCGCGGCGCCCCCUUCGUGCCCGUGAGACAUAUGAUCGUUGACAUGUUCCCUCACACCAAACACGUGGAGCUGGCCGUCUUGUUCGAAAGAGAAAAGAUACCAGACACAAGCGGAAAUGUUGAAUUACCUGAAGGGUAUAACGACUACGCCUAUUUUUGAUUUGAACUAAUGUUAUUUAAGUAUAUUUGUUUUGCUGACAUAUAUUAUAUUAUAAAUAAAUACAAUGUUUGCAAA